GCUUUCGUGACACGAGCGCAGGAUACGGAUGUGCGUAGCAAAUCUUGAUAGCUCGAUGGCCUGUUUCCAGCAGAGAUAUUUCCGUUGUAAACCGUAACUAGAGCUUGUAAACAAUCCUUUUUUAUAUCGUUUAUGGAACUUUACAAGCAAAAUUUAUCAUUACCCCCCCCCCCUAUAUGCAUAUAUGAUAAACAGUUACUUGGACUCGUCAAUUUGUAUCAACCAUCACCAGUAUAUGCCAGUAGACAACUUAUAGCCGCGAUUUGUUGGGACUUAACUGGAGUGUCAUUAAUUAGCAAUGGGUUACCUCGUCAAUGAUCGCUCGUUCGUCGUCAUCGUUGCCUACGUCUCGUUGUUGGCCGUGAUUCCUAUCUCGCAGGCCGGAGGGUGUAGCUGCCCUCCCCUAUGGACAGGCUUCGGCCAACACUGCUACAGGUUCUUCUCGAUGAAUGUAAGUUGGUUCGAAGCGGAGAACCGCUGUCGUGAUUUCACAGUCCCGUGCUCUGACGGGAGUACUGAUGGUCUGUUUCAGGGACAUCUCGUCUCGGUUCAUUCCCAGGAAGAAUUCUCCUUCUUAACCACAAUGUACGAGUCUAUCAGAGUCAAGCGGAUUGGUGUAUCAAACUGGGUGUGGAUCGGUUUACAUGACCGAGGUACGGAGGACUCGUUUGAAUGGAUCGACGGGACCGAAGUGGAGUAUACCCCCUGGACCCCUGGGCAGCCCAACAACUACCAAGAACAGGAUUGUAUUGUAUUCAGACAAGAGGAUGAAUAUCAUUGGCAUGAUGUGGCCUGCGACUACGAUAGAGUGGAAGCAUAUAUUUGUAAAAUUCCGAAAUGGUAGCCAGCAGCGAAAUAGGAAAUAACAACGAUAAAAUUACGUAGCGUCAAUUUAUUUGACCAGUUUUCUUUUUUUUCAGAUCGAGUACGGUAUGCGAUUUCUAUUUAGUGGAUGGAAACCCAGAUUUUUUUGUUGUUGUUGUGACAUUGCAUUUAUAUAUCACCAGAAAUUUUGCAUCUACAAUAGCGCCAUCUAUUGGCUAUUUCCGAGGUGCUCAAUAAGAAUUGAAAGGUAAUUUUUAGACAUUAGAAGUGAUAUGCAAUAGUGGUCAUCAUAUCAAAAUUCUAGAAAUCGUCGGGCAUUACCCCCCCCCCUACCUCCCGUUCCACACGUCCAAUGUCAAGGGAUUUUCAGAUUAAAAACUGAUUUCAGACUAUUUCAACAUAGGCCUAUUAUAUCUGGUCAUUUAUAACACAAAAUUCAGAUCGGAAAGAUGUCAUUUUUUGUUGAUUUUUAUACUUUUUUAAAAUCAAUUCGAAGAGUCAUCCCUGAACGUCGUAUUCAUAUGAAUUUCAUGGUUCAGUUAAGCGAUCACCCGUCAGCGCCGCCCAAACUCACAAUUAUCAUAACGUUACGCCUAUGGGACAAAUCGUGAAUUAGUCGCUUACUAUUGCAAUAACAUAAUAUUAUGUAUGAAAAUCGCUUUGGCACCACCCCCGGGAGGGGGGGGGGGUAUAUAAUGCAUAGUGGGUAUGUGCCGCGGAGGGGACCCCCAUUUUUACACUCAAAUUUCAGUUCCAAGGCAUAGCAUUUUUGUCUUAUUGAGAAAAAGAACAAAGAAAGCCGCUCCAAAGCAUAGCAUUUUCUUCUUAUCGAGAAAAAGAAGAAAGAUAUCCGCUCCAAAGCUUCGCAUAUUUUUCGUUACGCCGUUCCAGUCGCAUUGAUCUGCUACAAUGAGCUGCAAUUUUGGUGAAAAGCAGCCGCAGAGCGCUGUCCGACCAUCGCCCCUGCGCGAGCGUACCCGGGGCCUUGCCGCCGGGCUAGCUGCAUCAUGCACGCUUGCCCGUUCCGUAGGGAUGCAUACGCACUCACACGCUGGCGAUCCGUUCCAAGGACCCCCGUUUUCACAAACAUUUGUAGUUCCGAAGCCCGUUCCGAGGACCCUCCUUUUUACAAUAAGCCCGCUCCAAGGCCCCCGUUUUUGGUAUCGCCCGUGGCACACCCUACCACUUUUUUGGUCGAGUACCCUCCCCCCCCGGGGGGCACCACCAGAUCUAAAAUCCCCAACAUUUUCUCAUCCCCAUAAUAACAUUUUGCUCUAUUUCCCCUUUUUGUGCGCGAUAUGUGUAAAAUUCGCUUGUUUUUCUCACUUUUUAGGAAUUUUUUAUCGCAGUACUUGAAAACGGUAGCAGACGAACCUUUGUUACCACCGCCAAAAUAAAGAGUCUUACUUCAUUUUUUUCUGAUAUAAGGGUCAUUUGGAUUGGAUAAAAGUUCAUCCUGUCAUUUUUCACGUCGAAUCAGAUGUUCCCUUAGAACAUUAGCCAAAACGGGAAGAAACCGCUGUCGCGAACACGCGAUUACUACACACAAAACCUAUAGCGUGUGCGCAACUAGUGCAGUGGCCUGGAAAUAACUGUCAUUUUAAUGGUAAACAAACGCCACUUUUUAUGAAAAGUAACAUCUGUAGAACGAGCAGUAUGAAAUAAUAUCGCAUUUAAAUAACGUGCACUUCGUUUAUUUGGAAGUAUUCACAGGUAUUAAUUUUGUUCUUGUGCCGUGGCCUGUGCAGCUGAACGGUCAGGAGACUGUACCAACGGCAAAUAGGGGUAUUGAGUACCCGUCUAGUCUGGGCCGGGAGCACUUACGAAGUUACGGUGCGUGUGAAAGAAUGUCUGUCUGUACUGUGACAGUGACACUCCAUGCACUGGAUCGUCCCGUCCAUAAUCAGUAUUGUUUACACAGGGCAAAACACCCCUUUUUGUUAUAAUGGAAGCGUCGAUUUCAAUUUCAGUCAUAUUACUGCACUACAGUGUAUCCCAAAACAAAUGUUAAUGGCUUUACUUUUAUACAACUGGAUGACAAAUUAUGUGAUAUGGUCCAAUAAUCACAAAGGUAGGAAUAUUUUUCCAUUACUUAAACCUCUCCAUCCAAGUUUUGUAUGUGCAAUCAGGACGAGAACUGUCCGUCGAGCUAUACUCCACAUGACUGAUUGUGCACAGACUGCAGACAUCCCUGUAUCUUGACGGGCAUCAAGUUGAAGGCAGAUCUGCUAGACCAUAAUUACAGAAAAAUGAAUCUUUCAAUAUGUAAAUGCUUAUAAAACGAAUGAAUGUGAACAAUAAUAAUAUAUGUACAAACUACGUAAACUAGACAACAAAUACGGAACUUUUCAAGAUGAGAUAAUGUAUUAAAAAUUGUUUUAAUUCAUUUCCUUGUAAUGAUUGUUUAGGCCAAAUGUAUAAAACAAAAGCUAGUUUGCGAUUAUAAAAUUAUAUACAUGUGCAAUAUAAUUCAGCAAUUGUCACUCACAUCAUAUAUAAAAGUGUCGUGUGGGACACACUCUCUUACGUAUUAGUCCGGUCUGAGCUUCAGCAUUAUACAGUGCGUAUCAAAAAAAAGUUUACACUUAGAAAAAAUCCUGUAAAAUUAUAUAUUUGUAAUAUCCUGAAGAUUUUCCACAUUUUAACAUUGGUACAGAUCCAUUUAAGCAAUAUAAAUAACUGUCGAAAAAUAUUUCCGCUUGAGUGAGCACCACUUACUUUUGAAAAGUUAGUGAAAAUCAUUUUCGCAGAACUUUGAAAUAAUUAUGCAAAUAAAAGUAGACCUUAAUCAUGAAGAACACGUGGGAUUUAGCUAGUAAAAUUGAUUUGAAGAUAUUUUUUACCUUUUUUUAAACUUGUCUCUUUGCUCAAAACACUUCAAAGAGUGCAUUGCGUCCCACCCCACUCCCCCACACACCGAGGCCAUCAUGACGAUAUUUUCUUUACACUGAGCUGUGAUUUACAUGAAAUGGCUUAGGCUUGAUUUUCAUUUUGAUAAUCAUUGUCAAGCUUGGGAAAAGUGUGGAGAAACAAGUAUUAAAUGAGAAAUGAAAUGUAAACCCACUUUAAAUGAUAAAAACUUAGUGAAAAAAUGCUGGAGAUGUCUGAUAUACAUGUAAACUUUUGUUCAGAUUCAGUUAUGUCCUCACAUCCAGCUGGCACAAAAAGGGUAAAUGUUGUGCUUACUAAGUGUUAAAAUUUCAAUUUGGGUGGCAAAAUUGUUACAAAAUGCUUGAAAAUAUCUGUUUUAUUUCAAUAGACUAAAAGUGCAAGGGAAAUGUAUGAGAAAUGUUUCGCAGGGUAAGUUUGAUUUCGCCCUUUCCCCAGUUCCCCUUGAUACAGCGUGAAAACGAGCAUUUCUGCGCAAGCAGAUUUCCGCAAGCUUUACAAAAAUGGACAGUGCUCACUCAAGUGUAACAUUCUGUCAAAACUUUUACUUCCAAUGGAUAGAUCAGACCCAACCCAUGAUUAUAUGUGAAAAAAUUACACACAUGUUGUAUAUUUUUUAAUUCCCAGGGUUUUUUCAAAGUGUAAACUUUUUUUGAUACGCACUGUACAGUGGCAGGCAAACAUAUUCAGUAAACUUAAGUAAACACCUGGAGCGAAUUUUGUUUCCCUCAUGAUAAAAUGCAAAUCGUAGGCCUACUUAUUUAUGUUGUCUGUACAAUUUUCACUAUCCAUUCGCUAAGUUUAAGUUCCUAAAAUAUGGCACUAAACAGGUUGGCAAAGAAUACUUAACGAUACGGGCUGGAGCGGUGCUGGCGUUUCCCUUGCCAAAGUUUUCUCUCUACCUCUUACACCACCCCCUCCCCCUCUAUUUCUCAUUUUCUUCCGUCUCCUUUUGGUUUACUUCUCUGGCCAUUCCCGGUUGCCCCCCCCCCCCCUCUCCCUUUUCUUGUAUUUUUUUUUUUUUUGGGGGGGGGGUAUGUCCUGUCCUUCGGUUUAAUUUAUUAUAAUUAUCUUGUUCUUGCAAGGUUCUUGUAACGUUUUGUCCCAUAUUGUCCUAAUUGUUUUGCCUUGUCAUACCUCGUUAUUAUCCAGCCUUAUCUUAAUUUCAGAGAUUAUAAUAUAAGUCAUGACAGUCAUAAUUAAUAUUCCAUGAACCGAUAUGAUUUGUAUAUUAUAAAUAUUCCGAAUUUGUAUCAAUAUAUCACUUCUUCAUUUAUACAAGAGAACCUCCAUUAAAAUAACUACGCUCUACUAGAGGUUGCCAUUUUAUUUCAUUAUAUUGUUCAUUUAGUAAAUUUGUUUUUGAAUAUUUGAAAUGAAGUAAAUUAUUCAUCAAUCAAUUAAUCAAUCACAAAAUUGCCUCGCUCUCAAAGUGAGAGGGGCCAUUCAUAUCGUGUAAAUGUUCAAGUUAUAAAUAAAGUUUCUAUCCCAAAGAUUGAACAAUUUAAAA